CAUUGUGGCCUCCAGGACAGACGGUGGCGCUGUGAGCAGAGUCUCCGCCAUGUUAGCGGCAUAUUAGCGGACAUCCGGAAAAACUGUACAUCCGGGAAUUCUGCUUUUCUGGAAGGAAACCGUGGGUGGCGGGAUCUUACUGCCUCUUAAUCGUGUGAUUUAGUGCCUGCGCGUCACUGACAGACCGACAUGGCGGACAGCGAUGAUGAGUAUGAUCGCCGGCGCAGGGACAAAUUCCGCCGAGAGAGGAGCGACUACGAUCGGUCUCGAGAGAGAGAAGACCGGCGCAGAGACGACUGGAGCGAUCGGCGGCCGUCGGCCAGAGAGUGGGACCGCGGGAGAGAGAGGCGGAGCCGUGGCGAGUACCGCGAGUACGAGAGAGGACGGAGAGAGAGAUUCUCUCCACCUCGACACGACAUGAGCCCGCAGCAGAAACGCAUGAGGAGGGACUGGGACGAUCAUGGCGGAGACCCGUAUCAUGGAGGUUAUGAUCUGGGUUAUGGAGGAGGUGGAGGACCCAGUUACGCCCCCCCGCAGCCCUGGGGUCACCCCGACCUCCACCUCAUGCAGCCGCACCACGCCAUCCCCAUCCAGGCCAGGUUGGGGAACAUCCAUGACCUGGACCUGGGUCCUCCUCCUCCCGUGAUGAAGACCUUCAAAGAGUUCCUGCUGUCUCUGGACGACUCGGUGGACGAGACGGAGUCGGUCAAACGCUACAACGAGUACAAAAUCGACUUCAGACGGCAGCAGAUGCAGGAGUUCUUCCUCGCUCACAAAGGAGAAGAGUGGUUUCGCUCUAAGUAUCACCCUGAUGAGUCGGGGAAGAGGAAGGCCGACGCUCACGCCGCUCUGCAGAACCGUCUCAACGUGUUUCAGUAUUUAAUGGAGAACGGCUGGUUCGAUAACAUCUCCAUGGACAUCGAUCGCGCGCCGCAGAUCCUAAAGAUCCUCGACGCAGCGGUGAUAAAGAUGGAGGGAGGGAUGGAGAACGAUCUGCGCAUCCUCGAGCAGCCGCUGGAGGACGAGGAGGAGAGAGAGAGACUGUCGUCUGGAGGACCGCCAUCCGAAAACCAAAAACGUGACGAGAACAGAGGAGCGGAGAGCGAGCGCAAAGCGUCCACCGAGAAGGACGACAAAGAGGGAGAGGGUGGAGACGUUGGAAUGAAGGAUGCAGAUGGUGAAGCAGGAGGUGAAGGAGACAAACCUGAUAAAGAAGCUUCAACUGAAGAGAUUUCGGAGCCGAAGAAGCUGAGUAAGAAGAGGAAGAGGAAGCACAGCGGCGACAGCGAGGACGAGGCGAGCGCCUCAGAGAGCGAGUCAGAUUCCGACUCCGACUCGAACUCUCACUGCUCAGAGAAACCUGCGGAGGGAGAAGGAGAAGCGGAGGGAGAGGGGGAUGGAGAGGGAGAAGGGGAUGGAAGGAAUGAAGAAGGAGAAGAGAAGGAGGAAGAAGAGGAAGAGGAGGGUGAAGCUGAUGUGAAGGGGCGAAAGGAAGAGAAGCAGAGCGAGAGAGAGAAAGAGAAGGAGGAGAAGAAAGUGAAGGAUGAUCAGCCUCCUAAACCUCGGCCGCUCCACAUGACCUGCUCUCUGUUCAUGAGGAGCAUCGCACCCACCAUAUCGAAAGCUGAGAUCGUCGCUUUGUGUCGCCGUUAUCCUGGAUUCAUGCGUGUGUGUUUGUCUGAGCCACAACCGGAGCGCAGGUUUUUCAGGCGUUGCUGGGUGACCUUUGACCGAAGCGUCAACAUCAAAGAGAUCUGCUGGAACCUGCAGAACAUCCGGCUGCGCGACUGUGAGUUAGCUCCAGGAGUGAAUCGGGAUUUGGCGCGGCGUGUGCGGAACGUUAACGGAAUCACGCAGCAUAAACAGGUUCUCAGAAACGACAUCAAACUAUCAGCUAAACUUAUACACGCACUGGACGAGAGGGAGGGGCUGUGGGGCCACGGAGACACACACACCGCUGAGCUUCCAGCUCAGAACCCCAUCCUAAAAAACAUCACGGAUUACCUCAUCGAGGAGGUGAGCGCUGAGGAGGAGGAGCUUCUGGGAAAUGUGGGCGGGGUUGACUCAGAGGACGGGAAUAAAGAAGGCAAUCCCACUGAGAUCACCGUGGAGAGAGACGAGAAACUCGUGAAGGUGUUGGAUCGUCUGCUGUUCUAUCUGCGUAUUGUUCACUCUAUCGAUUAUUACAACAUGUGUGAAUACACGAGCGAGGACGAGAUGCCCAACCGCUGUGGCAUCAUCCACGUCCGCGGCCCGAUUCCUCCGAACCGCAUCACGCACCGAGAGGUGAGCGACUGGGAGAAGACGUUCGAGGAGAAACUCAGCCCCUUGUUCAGCGUGAAGGAAACCCUGUCUGAGGAGGAAGCCAUAAAAAUGGGCCGGAAAGAUCCGGAACAGGAAGUGGAGAAGUUUGUGUCUGCUAACACGCAGGAGCUGGGGAAGGACAAGUGGCUGUGUCCUCUCAGCGGCAAGAAGUUCAAGGGUCCCGAGUUUGUGAGGAAGCACAUCCUGAACAAACACGGAGAUAAGAUCGAGGAGGUGAAGAAGGAAGUGGAGUUCUUCAACAACUUCCUGAUGGACGCUAAAAGACCGUCCAUCCCCGAGUUAAAGCCUCUGCCCCCUCCAGGCCCCACUCCGGGUGUGAUGUCUCCUGGUGGUCCUCCUUUCCAUCCUCAGGGUCCUCAGGGCCUGCUGGGAUUUGGGCAGCCCAGACCUCCAGUGAUGGGCUACGGAGCAGGUCCUCCUUAUCCUCCAAACCAGUAUGGCGGAGGAGGAAGGGGGAAUUACGACAGCUUCCGUGGUCAGGGUGGUUAUCCCGGCAAACCCAGAAACAACCGGAUGAUGCGCGGCGAUCCCCGUAACAUCAUCGAGUACCGCGACCUGGACGCUCCCGACGACGUGGACUUCUUUUAGACAUCCACUUUUUUAUUUCCUCAUUUUUACUGCCUCACUCUUGUUUUAAUUUUGAUGAAUCUCUUGCAGGUCCGAGCGCCUCUUUAGUGUUCUUCCCCGUCGUGUACGAGUGCACACUGUUACACCCACACUUUACAUUUAGCCCUUGUUUUGUUCUUCAAUAAAAGCAUAACGUGGAACAGA